UGAAAAACCCGAAACUGCCCGAGCACGGCACUCAUUUCAGCUUGGGAAGUGUGUAAGGCAAGAGCCUGUGAGAUUGCUUUAGAAAAACAACUAGUGUGCAUACUAAGCCACACGCGAACGACACGAGCUAGACGCACAGUCCUCCGCAUUCCAAAGGGACUCUGAGAUUCUCUCUUCAAUUUCUUCCAACAGCCACUGCCAAUGGAUAUCACUGCCAAGAUGGAAAUCGACGCCAGCCAGCAGCAGUUCAUGCCGCCUGCCUGUUUCUUUGCCGCUGCAGCACAGAACGUGCAGCUCAGCCCGACUGACAGCCAGUGCAGCAGUAAGUCAGCUUGCAAACAGGUCAAGAGGCAGCGGUCGUCCUCUCCUGAGCUGCUGCGCUGCAAGAGAAGGCUGAAUUUUGCCGGGUUUGGUUACAGCCUCCCGCCACAGCAGCCAGCAACCGUGGCAAGACGAAACGAAAGAGAGAGAAACCGAGUGAAGCUGGUGAAUAAUGGGUUUGCCACGCUCCGAGAACACGUACCCAACGGGGCCGCAAAUAAAAAGAUGAGCAAGGUGGAGACCCUGCGUUCCGCAGUGGAGUACAUUCGGGCUCUGCAGCAGCUCUUAGAUGAGCACGAUGCGGUCAGCGCUGCCUUUCAGUCGGGUGUCAUCUCCCCAACCAUGUCCCAGAACUACUCCAAUGACAUGAACUCCAUGGCGGGUUCACCGGUCUCCUCCUAUUCCUCAGACGAAGGAUCUUACGACCCAUUGAGUCCUGAAGAACAAGAGCUCUUAGAUUUCACCAACUGGUUCUGAAAUGCUAUAGCAGGAAAAUAAAUACAUCCUCGAGAAGAUGUUCCCUAGCAUGGCAGGAAAACAAGAAAAGUACAGAGGAGCUCUAUUGAACCCCCUAUACCCCCCCCCCCCCCCCCCCCCCCCCGAACACUGAAGCACUGCAUUUGCACUCAUAUCCAUCCACUGGAAGAAAGGGACUUAAAAGGGUCAGCUUCGUGCCCAAAAAGUACUAAGUGCCACCCUACAGAGGAGAGGGUGCGGUUCCCUUGUUAAGAACGUUCAGAUUUCAGAUCGGGGGGCCCAAGCUUCCUACAUUCUACAGCACUGGUCCUUAAAAGAGACUGCAUUAUUACACUCUGCUUGGCACAAAGAAAAACGAAAGCCAACAAAUACAUUUUUUUUAUGUUAUUUUUUCAAACUAUGCUAAACCCAAUCAAAGUACUUUCAUCAUCAUUCGUAAACAUAUGUAAUAUUUACAUUCUAAAAUUCUUCCAAAAUUCUAACCUUGUUGUUUGGAAUAUAUUAAGCUAUUUUUGUAUAUAAGAGAGAGAUUUAUAGAACUUGUUUUAUACAAUUUUUUUUUUAAUAUGUGUAUAUCUUGAAGACUUUAAUAUGUAAUGCUUACCUCUGCAUAUUUAGACGUGUAGUCUAUAUUGCUUUUGCAACUGGCAAAUUUUGUAAAUGAUUUUGUAUAUGAUAUCCCGAGGUGGGGUCGGAAUUUCCCCAGUUGUACUUUAGCACCAACGUGUCUUAUUUUAUAGGAACUUGUUAAUGUAUUAAUACACGUGGAAAAGCGCAUUGGGUUUGAAAGGCGCUAUAUAAAUUCAAUUUUGUUGUUCACAAUGAACAAAGGUUUAUGCAGCUAUUGUCCAAACUCAGAUCACAAUGGCCACCCAUUGUUUCUAUACUGCCUUUAUACGUAUAACAUUGCCUUUUCCUACGGGGUUAUUGCAAAACUGACAGUAUAACUUUUUUUUUCUCUAAAUAGUUUCAUAAUAAAACAUUUUG